AUGUCCUGCUCGCAUUUUGUAUAUCAUUUUGUAAUAUUGACACUGUUUAUGAUAUGUAUUUUCUUGGCUAUGUGGGUGGCUUUUGCAGAGGGUGACAAGGCUAACAAUACCUAUCAAGAAAAUCGAAACUGGAACCAGACUCCAACUCCUUCGCACAGAGUGCGCAGGGAGGUGGAUGCCAGUUGUGACCGAUGCAUCGUUCAGGUUAAACAAGGUCUGUCAACUGUUCUCACCCUGAUUCAUUCUAAUAUUGUACCAACUCCCUGUCCCCAGAAAUCUUAUUGUAUUUUUAACAAAACUCAAUAUGUGACCUGCACCAAAGGAUUGUCAUUCACGUGUCAUAACCCGGCCCUGCCCACACGGUAUAACAUCUCCAUUUGGGCAGGCAUUGGGAUUGUCAAGGGACCGCCUCAAGCAGCUCGGUUAUGGUACGUGAAUCACACAGUGGUCACUAAAGCCGAAAAUUGGGCUAUAACCUUUGAUGUCUGCGGUGCCAUGUCGAAAAAAUCCUUCCGUGGCUGUGGGCAUCGACCUGCUGGUUAUAACAACGAUCACAAGUACUUGUGCACUAGACACCCACCCCUAGAGCCUUCUCAGUUUCCACAGCCCUGCAUCGCUUGGGAGGCCUACCAAAAAACAGUUUGGCGGGCAAUUUGUUCGCACACGAAUGGGGGCUACAGGGGCUGCUAUAAUCCCCUUAAUGUUAAACAGCGCCUUGUUCGUUCCUUUGUCCGACAACCAAAUAGCAACAAAGUAACUAUAGAAUUAGAAAAAAAUCAUCCUCCCAUGGAAACCUAUGGCAUAGGCAUUGAUGGAUAUGGAUUAGACCCAUUGACACACAUCACCAUAAAGGUCCAAAACUUGGAAGAUGUUCAAAGAAUUGAAUGGUCCGUUUAUGAUCAUCUAGCUAAAUUAGAGACCAAAGCGUCUCCCCUAAUAUCGGACAAAGCACGAAACCUUUUCAUGGAAUUUGCAGAACAAAUAGCCUUUACAUUGGGUGUAAAAAAUUGUUUUGUUUGUGGAGGUACCAACAGGGGGGAACAAUGGCCAUGGGAGGUUCAUGAAGCAGAUCCUGAGUAUUUGAACAAUCAAACAAAAUUUGCUAAUUUUACCUUUAGAAACCUGGAAGACCCUGUAGUGUGGACUUUAACUACAAAUAUUGUAGGAACAAAUUGCUUUUUCAGGAAUGGCUCCAUCCCUGUUGGGACACUUCUUUGCCGUGGACAAUGGGAAAGGGGCCAGUGGGUCUCCCCCACCAACGAGUCUGCUCCUGUACUAUUAAAUCAUACCUUUUUUAAUUAUCUCCGCAGGUCCUCUCUCAAUUGGACAGCACCGCAAGGCAUGUAUUGGGUAUGCGGUUCCUUUGCAUACGAGUACUUGCCUCCAGAUUGGUCAGGGGCUUGUGUGUUAGGGUGGAUCAAACCUUCCUUUUUCCUCCUUCCCCUGACUGCUAAACAGACCCUGGGUGCCCCGGUGUAUGACAAUUGGGGUAGAAAAAAGAGGGAUGUGCCCUCGGAAGGCUAUGCAGGUAUACGGGUAGGCAACUGGAAGGACGAUGAAUGGCCACCCGAAAGAAUCAUUGCCUACUACGAUCCUGCCACUUGGGCUGAGGAUGGGUCCUGGGGUUAUAGGACCCCCAUAUAUAUGCUUAAUCGCAUUAUCCGCUUGCAGGCUGUGCUUGAGUUAGGCAGCCGACGCAUUUCAGCCGCUUUAACCAUUCUUGCCACUGCUCAGGACAAGCUGCGCACCGCUGUUUACCAAAAUCGCUUGGCCUGGGAUUAUCUUCUUGCUAAGGAGGGAGGAGUGUGUGGAAAAUUUAAUUUGACCAACUGUUGUUUAGAAAUUGAUGAAACUGGAAAGGUAGUUGCAGAUUUGACCAAAGAACUCCAUAAGCUGGUCCAUGUGCCUGUACAAAAAUGGACUGGGAUCGUGGAUGAAGGAGGAUUUUUGGGCGGGAUUUUUAGGAACUGGAAGCAAGCAGCCUUCAUGUUUGGUAUAAUCUUGUUAGGUCUCCUUUUACUUCCCUGCCUGAUUCCCCUUCUUCGAAACCUGAUACAAAGCACUGUGGAGGGUAUGGUGGACAAGAGGACCAUACACCUGGUUAGGUACAAGGCACUGCCAACCAUGGAUGUACCGGACCCUUUAGCCAUAACCCUUAGCAGUGAAGAAGAUGAUUUUUCCUUUAAUUAG